CCCAAGUACCCGUGAGCUAAGGCUGCACCGCUCCCCUCCCAGGCUGCACUGGCUUCCUGUCCUGUGACUCGCACUCGUAUGGUUGGUUGUCUCUGGGAGGAGGAGGAGGAGGAGGGAGAGGCCGCUAAGUUGAGAAAGUUUGUCUGAAAGACAAUAGUAUUGGUUGUGUGUCACUGCCAUGAACCCUUAGUAUUCCUAAAGAAUAGAGAAGUCAUACAGACACCUGCUUCGGGGAAUUGUUUUGUCGCUGCCACAUGCAUUAAGGAACUUGCCGUUCAGUUACAGCUGCUGCGAGAUUAAAGCUCUGGUUGAUCGUGUCAUUGCCAUCAGUGCGUUUCCAAAAUUCGUGUCGCGUCGCGCUGACAGAGUGUCGCUAUGGCCGGAGAAGGGGCGGGCGGAGAGCCGAGCAGCCCCCGGGCGCCUGAGCGCAAGGAAUAUCUCUUCAAGGUGCUUGUGAUUGGGGAGCUGGGAGUGGGCAAAACUAGCAUCAUCAAACGCUACGUCCAUCAGCUUUUCUCCCAGCACUACAGGGCCACCAUAGGGGUGGAUUUUGCUCUCAAAGUCAUAAACUGGGACAGCAGCACGCUGGUCAGACUGCAGCUGUGGGAUAUUGCAGCUUUGCAGCUGAAACGUGCACAGCUUCUUCUAUAUAUUAAUGUAAACAACACACAGAUGGUCCAUAGCAUCCAAUCAGCAAUUACCUUUGCUCUGUCAACCACAGGACAAGAACGAUUUGGAAACAUGACACGCGUAUACUAUAAGGAGGCUGUUGGAGCUUUUGUGGUAUUUGAUGUAACAAGAGGAUCAACCUUUGAAGCCAUCACAAAGUGGAAAUCUGACUUGGACAGCAAAGUGUUUCUUCCAAGCGGGGGCCCUAUUCCUGCAGUUCUUCUGGCCAAUAAGUGUGAUCAAAAGAAGGAAAACAGCUUACAAAGCCCUCACCAGAUGGACAACUUCUGUAAAGAAAAUGGCUUUGCUGCAUGGUUUGAAACAUCUGCAAAGGACAACAUGAAUAUAGAUGAAGCUGCUCGAUGUUUGGUAGAAAACAUACUCGCAAAUGCCAAGAACUUUCCUGUAGAGGAAAAUGAUGAUGGCAGCAUAAGGGUCGACCAGGAGGCAAUGCCAGCAGAAAGUAAAUUUCAGUGCUGUUAAGUAAUAUUUCGCAUUCUACAGUAUGGUAAAAGCCACAGCAUAGCAAUUUGAGGCUGCCAUCGACAUUCAGGUUGCUGCUAAAUGCUGCUUCACAUCCAGCUUGAGGAGAUCAAUUUAGCAUGGAGAAGAUGUUUACAAGGAUGUUCCUUUUGUGCAAUGUGCAUCUGAUUAAGAACCAAUGUGUGUUUCUGGUCAUGUAUUAUGUUCAGUAAUUAAAUAUGCAUACCUUCAUAAACAGGGAAAACAAAUCUUACUCCACCACUCUGUCUCACGUGUGCCAAUUUUUGACAGAGGUUUAUACAUAUUUAAAAAAAAUGAUUCACAACUGGUUGUUUCUUAAAUAAUGAACAAACAUGCAGCAUGUUAGACAUUAUAUAUACUGUGGGAUGAAUUGGAACCCAAACAACAGUAUUAGUGCACUAACCCUGAAUCCAAUAGCCAUUAUUCUUGGCCUCUGAUAUAAAGUUUACAUUUUUUAUGGCAAUCAAGGAUGCCUUAAUAGACAACACACACACACAAGGUUUCUCUCUCAUGUUGUGUUUUUGUUCCCAUUCUCUGAUUAUUCCAAUGUAACACUUCACUAAAUUUCAUUCUUGGAUGUGUCUUGCUUUCCAUCUUAAAGAGAACUAUUGCAAACAGCCAUGUCUAUAAUAGGGUAAGAAACACAUUUGAAAUAUAAAUUAAAAAAUUGGCAUUGUCAAAAGGCAUUAUUUUGUAAUGACAGUUUCUGUGACUCAGGGUUUGCUUGCUUCUUAUUACCUUCAGUUUUGUAAAGCCUUAGAAAAUGGCCACUGGUAAAUAAUAAACAAAACCAAAACUAGACCUUUAAAACCAGUUAAAAGGUGCUGUCUGCAACCUCUUCUAGAGCCCCCGCAUUCACACCAGCCACAAAAUGAUACUGUGUACCUGUGGCUGCCCAUCUAAUGAACAAUAAAACGCUAAAAGGGACUACAGGUUUGCAGAGUUUGCUUUUUCUGCACUGCUGCGUCCUCAUGGAGCAUACACAGAUCUUCUAAGCCUUCUUCUUAUAUUGACCUUCAUCUAUAGAUCUGUGUAAUAACCUUUAUUGAAAUGCACAAAUCUCUCAAAACUAUACCCUGACACAGUUUGUGUGACACCUUGAGUAGAACAUCUAUACCAUAUGGUAUUAGCAUUUAAUGCACACUCAGUCCACUUUAAGUGACUUGUCUUAAUAAUAUUGCUAGAAGUAUAGGUUCAUGCUGUUUUGUCUGAUUUGUACCGUGUGCUUUCUGUUGAUACCAUUAACUCAGUUUAUAAAGCUUUUUUUUAUCCAGCCACCCUUAUUUUACAAAAAAAACCAAACAAGCUAUAAAUGUGGUAUCAAUGUUUCAGGGAUGAAUGAAAAUGAAUAAAGCAUUUUCUAUACCUGGCAA